CAAAGAGAGAAAGAAUGGCAAGAACCAAGCAGACCGCUCGCAAGUCUACUGGCGGCAAAGCCCCCAGGAAGCAGCUGGCCACCAAGGCCGCUCGUAAGAGCGCCCCGGCCACCGGAGGCGUCAAGAAGCCCCAUCGUUAUAGGCCUGGUACCGUGGCUCUGCGCGAAAUCCGCCGUUACCAGAAAUCCACCGAGCUGCUCAUCCGCAAGCUGCCCUUCCAGCGCCUGGUCCGCGAGAUCGCUCAGGACUUCAAGACCGACCUGCGCUUCCAGAGCUCUGCCGUCAUGGCUCUGCAGGAGGCCAGCGAGGCUUACCUGGUCGGACUCUUCGAGGACACCAACCUGUGCGCCAUCCACGCCAAGAGGGUCACCAUCAUGCCCAAAGACAUCCAGCUGGCUCGCCGCAUCCGCGGAGAGAGAGCUUAAGCUACACGCUCUCCUACAAACAACGGCUCUUUUCAGAGCCAACUCACUCGCACCAAGAGCUCGCUCCUUUUUGUUUUUAUAAUAUUCAUCUCGUACUCGCACUUCAGUGUUCUUGCUGUUUCUAG